AUGCCACGCUUCACAGCUCUCACCAACCUUUCCUUUGCCGCUCCCAAGCGUGCUAAAGCCUGCCGUUACCAACCGUACCCUGCCCAGUCCGUCCGUUGCGCUCUUCGUGCGAGUGCAAAGAGCCCUCUUGGGGCGAUUGGUGUCUCUUCUACUGGUGGGUUUGUUGGGACCCAAGUGACCUCUCCUGAGGUGUUUGGUGGGUCGGGUGAGACCCAAGCUGUUCCUAGAGGAACAAAGCGUCCUUGUCCGGAGGACUUCACCUCCACGGCCCAUAUGGCCAAGCGCCUGGAGGUGGUAACCAUUCGGGCGUUAAGAAGACCCGCUGGGAGGGGACCUCGUGGAUUCCUGUUGUCCACGAGCCCUGCCCGACGGGUGGCUCUUAAGAGGAGCCUGAGAUUGAUCAGGCACGUAGUCUUUGAACUACAAAUAAGAGGAGUGAUCAGUAUGACGGGUCAGAUCAAUGACCCUUUGCCCUCACACUGCAAUAUGCCUACCACGUCUGUUCUUGCUCCUGUCCCUGUCCCUGCUCCAGUGUCUGCUUCUGCUUCUGCUUCUGCUCCUGCUCCUGCUUCUGUCACCCCUCCCGUUCGUUCUCUCACCUGCUCCUCCUCCCGAAUUGUUACCAGUUCUUCAUCUGGAUUCUUCUCUCCCUCGCCAUCUCCAUCACCUUCUCCAUCACCUCCGUCAUCUCGCUCUCCAUCACCUGAGCCAAACUCAUCUCGCUCUCCUUCGCCUGAGCUGGAAACAUCUCUCUCUUUGUUUCAAAAAAUGUCAUCAUCAGAGACAUCAGAGCCAUCAUCAGCAAUUACUCCUGGUAGCACAUACACCAAGGUGAUGAACAUUGCUGCAGAUACAACACAAACUAUUACGUCUAGUGUUGUAUCUGUAGUAGGCGCUAUUAAAAAGUUCUUCUCUUGGGAGUAA